UUGCGACGAGCAUAUUCUGAUUUGCAACGAGCAUAUUUAUAUUCUGACUCCAUGGCGAGAAGGAUUAUACGUGGUUGCAACCUGAAUACGGUAAUUGUCACUAUGUGUUUAUGCAUACUAUUUUUCAGUUCUGUUUAUUUGAUUUUCUUUUUUUUUUCCUGUGUUGUAGACCCUUUGUUGGAACCAACUGUCUUCACAAUUGAGUUUCUGCACGGUGGUUUAAUGUUGCAUAUUCCUGUGAAAGAUUACCGAGGUGGGUAUUUGGAUUAUUUUGAUGGGGUGGAUGGGGAGAUGUUUGGGUUGUUUGAGUUAAAGGAUUUUAUAGAGCAACUAGGUUAUAACAGUGAUCAUGUGAAUGCCUGGCAUGUGCAUGGAAUUAGUUUACAAGAUGGUAGUCAUAUUAUUGAUAGUGAUCAAUUGGCAUAUAAGGUCAUGAACCUUAUUCCUGAAAACAGAAUAGUGAGAAUUGUUUUAGAACAUGUACAUCAUGGUGAUAACUACUCUAAUCUUGAGGUUGAAAGUGAUCCUGUCAUUGACCUCUCAUUUCUGGGUAGCCUGAACUCUAAUGUUGAACAACCUGAACAUCCUGAACAAUCUGAACAGCAUGAACAUCAUGCACAAUCUGAACAACAUGAACAUCAUGCACAAUCUGUACAAUCUGAACAACAUGAACAAAAUGAAGAGUGUGCUUCUGUUGAUGAUAGUGAUUCAGAAUGUGAGGAGUUCAAUAAUAGUGACUAUGAUAUGGAUGAGGAUGAUAUUUUGUUUGACAGAAAUGUUGACAAAGAUGCAGAAUUUGUUGGGGUGAAUGAAAAAAAUAAUGGUAAAUCAAUUGAAAAUGAGUUUUUGUCUGAGGGUAUAUUUGAGGAAGAGCAUGAUCUUGAGUUAGGGGAUAGUGAUUCAUUUGAAAGUGUUAGAGGGUCUGAUGAGGAGGAUAAAGUUGUGAAAUUCCCUAAAUAUAAUCCUAAAACUGACAAAAACCUUGAGUUGACUUUAGGGAUGAUUUUUAGUACAAAAUCAGAGGCUAAGGAUGUUAUUCAGGGUUUCUGCUAUAGAAGAGGGAUGGUGAUUCGUUUUGAUAGGAAUGACAAAAGAAGAUUGAGAGCUAGGUGA